AUGGAGGGUGGGCCUAAGAUGACGGUGACCUUUGACACCAUCUAUGUCAAUAUUGGCAACGACUUUGACCCAAAGGCUGGCUUGUUCCGCUGCCGUAUCCCCGGAGCCUACUACUUCUCCUUCACAGUGGGAAAAUUCCCCCACAAGGACCUUUCGGUCAUGCUGAUGAAGAACAGAAAUGAGGUGCAGGCCAUCGUCUAUGAGGAGAACUCUGGGGAGGAGAGGAAGGUGCAGAGCCAGAGCGCCAUGCUGCAGCUCGACUUUGGCGACACUGUCUGGCUCCGUCUCCACGGCGACCCCCGCUAUGCGCUCUACAGCAACACGGGACACUACACCACCUUCAACGGUUACCUGGUCUACCCUGACAUCUACGGCUACCAGACAACACGCCACCAUCACGCUGGCUAUGACCCCCAGCAGCCCUGGAAAGAGAAUCUCACACCCUUAAAAGGUAAUGAGGCCACAGAGUCAACAGCACCACCGCAGCUUGGACCUGGAGUUGGGGACGUGUCAGUGGAACAGAAGCAAGAACGCAGGGAGGAGGAGGAGGAAGAGGAUGAAGAGGAGGGAGAAGAUGAUGACCAGCGCUCCGCCUUCUCGGUGGGGCGCACCCAGAGCAUUCUCGGAGUGGACCAGGGGGGCGUGCCCCAGCACCAGCCCAUCAGCUUUGACACUGCAUUCGUCAACAUCGGAGAGGACUUCAACAUGACGGAGGGGGUGUUCACCUGCCGCGUCCCUGGGGCGUACUACUUCUCCUUCAAUGUGGGCAAGCUGCCGCACAAGACACUGUCGGUCAAACUGAUGAAGAAUCACCUGGAGGUGCAGGCUAUGAUCUAUGAUGACAGCCAGGGAGAGAAGGCCCUUCAGAGCCAGAGCCUGAUGCUAUCCCUUAAACCGGGGGACACUGUCUGGCUCUACUCCCACCAGAAAGAUGGUUUCGGAGCAUACAGCAAUCAUGCCAAAUACAUUACCUUCACAGGUUUCCUGGUCUACGCUGACCUCCCACCAAUCACCACCAGGCAUUCACAGGUGGACAGGAAGCCCUAG